AUAUGUGAUCGCAAGCAAUUAUACCGUUAUCUUCUCCGUUUUAUUCUUCGCUGCCAGGGCAAAAAUAGGGGAGCUCACGAAACGCUCCAGGUAGAUCCUAAAAUCCCCUUUUUGUUCAGAAAUCGGACCAACAGAUACAAAAUUUUUGAUCGAGGGAUCGAAUUUCUGACGGAAAGAAGUGAUUUUGGUCCGCUUGCAUCAAGUUCUUCGAGUUUGUUUCUUCAGCCUCCGAGGAUAUGGCUAGAUUGGGCGGCUAGGAGAGGGAUUUGGGCUCUUUCUCCUAGCCAAAGAAAAAAAAUCCAGAGAAACAGCCCUCGGUUCAUGAUUAGGAAGAAGUUGCUUCUUUGACGAACCAAAGUUGCUGCUUUUUUAAUUCCUUUGACCUCGUCUAUUUUGGGUUUUCUCGUCGCUUUGGGGUUGGGGCAUGAGGAACGAUGUGCACGGGCAUCGUGACGACGGUGUCCCAAGGAACCGCGGCGGCAACGGCUUGUUCUCGGUUCGGUCGCUGUCCAACUAUAUGAGGAUUGUGUCCUCUGGCGCGUCCAACGUCGCAUCUAGUGUGCGUUCAGCUGGGGCGUCCAUAGUUUCCUCCGUGUCUGAUCGCCAUGAUGACUCCAGCCGAGACGAGGUGCAAUGGGCUGGAUUUGACAAGUUGGAAUUUGAAGAUUUUUUCCAGCAAGUUCUUUUAUUGGGUUUCAGAUCUGGCUUCCAGGUCUGGGAUGUUCACCAGUCCAAUGAUGUGCGGCAGAUAGCAUCAAGGCGUGAUGGACCUGUAUCAUUCCUUCAAAUGCAAAAGAAGUUAAAACCGGCAAUGAAGCAAGAAGAUAAGUUUGCAGAAGUUCGUCCACUGUUGAUUGUUGCUGAGGAGGCUUCAAUUAGCAUGAAAGGCAACAACCUUGAUGGGGAUGGUUCUUCUUUUAAUGAAACCACAACUAAUUGGGAUAUGGGAGGUGGCACACUAUCACCAGCUUAUCUUCGAUUUUAUUCUUUAAGGACCCAUGAUUAUGUACAUGUUCUGAAGUUCAGGGCUACUAUCAUCUCUGUCAGAUGCAGUUCUCAAGUAAUUGUGGUUUGUCAAGCUGCCCAGAUUCAGUGUUUCAACGCUGCAACUUUGGUGAGAGGUUAUACAAUUCUUACUUACCCAAUUGGUGCAGCCUGUCCUAGUUCCAGUGGUAUAGGCUAUGGACCAUUGACAAUUGGUACAAGGUGGCUGGCCUAUAGUGGUAAACUUGUCGCGGCUUCAAAUACUGGCCGUGUUAGUCCCAAAAAUAUGAGUAUGGCUAAAAGUGCUUCACUGCCACAUUCAAACAGUGGUCUGGUAGCAAACUUUGCAAAGGAGUCAAGCAAGCAGCUUGCUGCUGGUUUAGUAACACUUGGAGACAUGGGAUAUAAGAAGAUCUCAAAAUAUUAUUCUGAACUUCUGGCUGAACACAGUGGCCCCAGAAGACAUGGAACUUCAAGCUUAAAACACAAUGGAACCACGAACGGCCAACUGUCUGAUACAGAAAAUGUAGGCAUGGUCAUAGUCCGUGAUAUUGUUUCCAAGUCAAUAAUAGUUCAGUUCAGGGCACAUUCAAGUCCUAUUUCUGCAUUGUGCUUUGAUCCAAGUGGAAUGUUGCUGGUGACAGCUUCUAUCCAUGGUCACAACAUCAACAUUUUUGGUAUUACGAUCUCUAUGCUUGACAGUUCUGCUGGAUCCAAUGCUAGAGGCUCUUACAUUCAUCUCUAUAGGUUGCAGCGUGGCAUCACCAAUGCAGUUAUACAGGACAUCAGUUUUAGUGAUGACAGCAAAUGGAUUAUGAUAAGUUCUUCAAGAGGAACCAGUCACUUAUUUGAACUUUCUUCUUCUGAUACUGCUACAGAACUUCAAUCCAGGGAGGUUAAACUUGCAAACAACUUGUAUGGAUCAGAUUUCAUGAAGAAUGCACUAGGAAAGUCACUUCAUGGCUCUUCUUCUCCAAAGCACAUACACAUGAAUCUUCUUUCACCUGGUACCCCUGUCACAUUAUCUGCUGUAAGUAGAAUAAGAAAUGGGAAUCCCGGUCUAAAAGGAGCUGUCAGUGGUGCUGCAGCAGCUGCUACCGGCAAAGUCAAUCCUUCUUAUGGUGCCAUUGCUUCAGCUUUCCACAAUUGCAAUGGUUCUCGUCUUCACACUGAAAACAGCUCACUAAUCUCAGCAUAUUAUUUGCUAGUAUUGUCUCCUGCUGGAUCUGUUAUUCAGUAUGUGUUGUGGGAACGGAAUGGUGAAAAUUAUGUGAACGUGUCGACCCUAAGUAAUAGUUCUUAUUGGUCGAUACAUGAAAUCAAUUCAAGGUUACAUGUUGAGGCACUUCAGAAGUGGGAUGUCUGUCAUAAACGAAACAGAAGAGACAGGGGUGAUAAUGUGGAUAUAUAUGGUGAUCAUUUUCAAAUGGGGAUAAAGAAGGGAACUCAUAUUCUGUCUGCUGGUACCAGUGUAGACAUGAAAACAAAGCAUAACAGGGAAGAAAAUCAGCAUACGUACUUAUCAGAGGUUGAGUUGCAUGUGCAUGAAGCUGGGACUCCACUAUGGGCAAAGUCUGAGAUAUGCUUUCGAGUGAUGAUGGAUGAGAAUGCUAAAUCAUUUGAUAAUGGUAGUUACUAUGGGGAAGUUGACAUAGAAAACAUCACAAGCAUUACAAUUGAGGCUAGGUCUAAAGAUCUGGUGCCUGUUUUUAACAAUUCCCGAACACCAAUGUCCCAACAGCUAAGGAUUAAUGCUUCUGUUACUAACCAGUCAGAAGUAGUUUACCAGCAGAAAUUAAGACAAUUAGAACGUGGAAGGCUUUCGCACGCAAGCCAUAGUUUCCUAGAUUAUGAUUAUGGUAAUCAUUCAAUGGCUGAAUUUCCCAGUGGCAUCAGUGACACUUGCUGGAAGCAAUCCAUGGCUGAUGAAGGUUUUGUAAAUAACAAUACACAUGACCAAUUUACGGGGAAUGAACUUCGGUUUGUAGAUAGUAGUGAAAACUUGAAGUUGGAGACCCAUCUCGAGCUUGUAGAAAAUACCAAGGAAAUCGAGGAUCUACUCUCAUUAUAAUCACAAUGGAAACCUUGAAGGCUGCCACCCAAAAACUCAGGUGCAUACAAACUAUUCUUUCAUUCUCGAUGGGGGUAUUUAACUUGUCCAUAUUCUUGAUACAAUUUCGUCUCUGGUGCUUGGAAGUUGUAAUUUCAUUCUCAGCAACAUUCGUGUUUAAAAAACAUCCACAUGAGAGCAUCUCUAAUUUGUAAAUAAUGGCAGCAUCUCUCUCUCUCUGUAGUGGAUUGGUAUUGAUAUAUAUAUUGUGAUUGAUUGUUUAUGCUUAA